UGACAACGAUACCAGCCCAUCCCCUUGAUAUGUCGACGAGGGUAAUUGAGAUGUGGGUUCUAUAAGUGUUACAUCUAUCGCCCUUCUUGAUGGCAUCGAGCCAGAAAGCCGCCCGCGUGGGCGAGGAGAUAUGGAAAACCCGGGUUGAUAAAGUUAACGCCGAAUUGGUGACUCUUACCUAUGGCACCAUUGUCGCCCAGCUAUGCACCGACUAUGAGUAUGACUACGCCCAGGUUAAUCAGCAACUCGACAAGAUGGGCUACAAUAUCGGCAUGCGGCUCAUCGAGGAUUUCCUGGCAAAGUCAAACACUGGUCGUUGCGGCAAUUUUAGAGAUACAGCAGACAUGAUCUCAAAGGUUGGAUUCAAGAUAUUCCUCAAUAUAACUCCAACCGUCACAAAUUGGAGCGCAGAUAACAAACAAUUCUCAUUGUUGUUUGACGAGAAUCCGCUGGCCGAUUUCGUUGAGCUUCCAGACGACGGAAGGGCACAAGAUGAAUUAUGGUUCUCCAACAUCCUCUGUGGUGUGUUGCGUGGUGCAUUAGAGAUGGUGCAAAUGUCAAUCGAGGCACACUUCGUGAGUGAUGUGUUGCGAGGGAACGAUGUCACUGAGAUUCGUGUCACCUUGAACCGAUAUAUCGAGGAUGAGAUGCCUCCCGAUGAUGAAUAAACAGAAGAACAAGGCAGCUCUUCUGGCCGCUUGCAACCAGAGCCUCACGUCGACAAAUCCCAACGUUGAUGGGAUAUGUCCGCCGGUCGCCGAUCACGUGCCAGGACCAGCCCCUUUUUGAACAGGACGAGAUAUACGGAGUACCCAGCACGGUAGCAAUCAAUUAAUUACUGCCGGAGGAUUUCUGUAUUCUACGUACGGAGUGACCCCUGAAACAGUUUCAGCAAUCCGCCAGGGGCAGGGGCAAAUGCUUUCUAGAAGCCGACUGGGAAUUGUAAACUGAUCAAACAAUUCGAAAUGAAGCGAUUGCGGUCC